AUGUCUUCAUCUUCGGCCCCAGAGGGACUGGUCAUUGAUCAGACAACCAUACUAUCGCUUCUGUCCACUUUGGCGAUUCUGGCUGCGGCCUACCUGACAUCUCUCUAUACACUGCCUAGCACCGCGAGCAUCAAAACCCGCUUUCUCUUCAUCUGGCACGCCUUCGACGCACUGAUUCAUUUCAUCCUCGAGGGCACAUUUCUCUACAACUGCUUCUUCUCUUUUGGUUCCACUCUGCUCACCGAGCCUCUACUCCCUGCCAAUGUCUACUUCUUAGGUCGUGCGGGCAGAAACUACGGCGCUGCGUAUGGAGAACAUUGGCACAGUGCGCUUUGGCGCGAGUAUGCCAAAGCUGAUAGAAGGUGGGCGGGGACUGAUCUUACUGUUGUGAGUUUGGAGCUCUUAACGGUGUUUGUGGGUGGACCAUUGGCUUGUUGGAUCUGUUCUCGGUUGGUCAAAGAGAAGUGGGGAAGUGCGUGGUUCUGGAUGUGUGUGCUUGCUACUGGAGAGCUCUAUGGCGGAUUCAUGACUUUCGUGCCCGAAUGGCUCAGCGGCUCGCCUAAUCUAAUCACAUCGAACUGGAUGUACAAAUGGGUAUACCUUUUCUUCUUCAAUACCAUUUGGGUUUGGAUUCCCCUAUGGAUCCUCUACCAAGGCUACGGAGUCUUCACAUCUGCUCUGAACACUACAGCUUCUAAGCAAAAGAAGAGAUGA